AUUUGACCUAAAAGAAAUAAGAAAGGGAAAUAAAACAUAUUAACUCUAGCAAAAUAAUAUACCGUAAAAGAGGCAAUUGCAGUUUAAAUUUCCAGAUUCUUAGAUUAAUCGAGUUUUCUAAAUGUAACAUCGAUAUUAUAAACUUUUCUGUUCAGCGAGGCUGUGGGGCUGUCCAGCCGCAAAGGGCUUUGUUGGAAUCGAAUGAGGACACAGAAAUUCGUGAGUUAACUUCCGCGAAGUUCGAUCUGUAAUCAAAGGCAUACUUUAGAAGACAGGUCACACAAACCGAAAAGAAAUCGAUAGCUAGGAAAUAUAGCGAUUUAUUCAAAUCAAACAGAAUUGUUGUUUAUUUUUGCAUAGAGACCUGCUUGGCUCAGAAAGUAUUUUGAAUAACCAUCGCAUUACUUGUCUUUGAUGUCCAGAAGGAAUUGAAGUCACCUUUUCGAUCAUUUUUGGCAUGGUUUUCUAGAUUUUCAGAAGAUCUAACCAGUAUUGUUGUGGAAUGGCCUUUUUUUGCUUCAGAAAGAAGUUACCCUGGUCAAAAACAAACCAUUAUAACUGCAACGAUGCAAAAGACAGAAACAGCGCGAAAACGAGUAGGACUGGGGCUGCAGAUGAAGACUAUGGGCCGUAUGAAUGCGUGGACGCGAAGAAAUCUAAUGGGCUUAGUCCAACCUUUGGUAAUAAAAAUCGAUUAGAUAAAUAUGGUAUCGACGUCACCUUGGAUGGCAGCUUAAGACGAUCAAAGAAAAAGAAGAAGAAACUGCACAUAAUGAAACCUAAAUUGCACGAAAAGCAGAGCAAAUCACCUGAGCGGAAGGACGAGAGGUUUAGGCUUGCUUCUAUUCUUGAUAAUGCAACGCCAGAUUCGCCAGUUCAGAUAAUUACAUCAUUAGUUGAUGACUAUAUGCCUACCACGGAAAAUAGUGGAUUUCAGGUUAAAGUAGGUGACAAAGUUCUUGCUCUGUACAGGCAAGGGGCCUUUGUGUUCGUUAAACGCUUUGAUGGGCUGUCAGGGUUUGUACCAGUCCAGUUAUGUUUCUUAGUUGGAGAGUAUGAUUCACGUUACGCUAACGAGAAGCUGUUUCCAUCAGAGUCAGGUUUAGUUGCAAAUGGUGCGGUGAUGAAUCCUGAUAACUGCCCUGAACAUCAGAACGAGCCAAGGGAACCUUUGAAAGACAUCACUGAUUCCCAAUUGGAGUUAGAAGAGCACAGCAAGCAGAAGAAGCUUGUUACGGUUACAGCAAAUGAAAUAGGAGUUGAGUUGAAUGACUAUGAGUGUGAUAGUUUGGCUCGGAAGGUUCAAAAGCAUGAAAUAAGACAACUUUUGAAGCAGGAAACUGGCUUACAAAUAUCAUUAAGUUCUAAUAAAGAACUGGAGGGGAAUAUUGGCCUAGGAUCGCAAACCAGUCUACAGAAAACAAACCCACUGCCUCCUGAGUUAGAAAAUGUUUCUAGUGAAGAUAGCAGUCAAGAAGCGUUUGAUAAGAAACAGGAAACGUUUGAUAAGAAAGCGUUAACAAAGGAUUUCUCUAAGGGGCUAAUUUUACCCCAACAGCCCCCUGUUGGCCCAUUUGUUAAUGGAGGCUCAUCAAGUAGCAGAAGCAAUUCUAAGCUGAGUUUGAUUGAAAAGAACGGUUCCCAGCACAGUUUGAAUUCCCAUAAAUCCAAGCUUAUUAGACCAGCUUUUUCGCAAGAGCACGCAAAGAUUCACCCAAAUGGCCUUCGUCAUAACGGUAACAUUGAAAGUAUGAUGCAAAUGCAAAUGGUACCUCAUAUUAGCAUGCAUGAAAACAGCAGUCAAGGGACCCUUAACAGCAUACGUGCUCAUUUUGACAAUCAAAGUCUUAGCUCAUACGAUGGCAGCAUACAAGAUAUUUUUGCGAAGAGAAAUGAGAAUUCGUCUAAGUACGGCCAGAACUAUCCUGCCUUAGGACACUUUUAUGAGAAUGGAAAGCCGUCUGGUUCUAUAGAAUCAAGAAUACAUGAACUGCUUCGGGAGAACCAGUUUAUUCGGAAUCGGCGAUGCAGCAGCCUCCGCAAAACCGGUCAGCAUGGUGGAUAUGGUAGGGAUCAUUCUCAUGGUUACGGGCAUGGCUAUAGUCCUGCCCUCGCUGCCGACGAAAGGUCCUGGAGAAUUUAUGCAGAAAGCAUUUCGGCUCCUGGCUCUCGUGUUAUGAGCCCCUCGGAGUUUGGGUACCAGUUCUCACCAACUUGUAAUGGCUCAUUCGAAGAGAGAUCUGCAUUUGAAGACAGAUUUAUGUUUGCACUGCGAGAUUUUCGAAGCAUGGAGAAAGAUGACGUAAACCUUAGAAAAGGCGAACGGGUUCUCGUUUUAAGGAGCGAUUCAGAAUCAUGGUGGUGGGUUCGAAAUAGCAAUGGUGACGAAGGAUUUGUACCAAGCCAGUUUUUGAUUCCGUUGCUUAAGCCUACGAAACUUGACUUCGGUUCCACGUCUGACUUUUCAACGAAAAGCAGUGUCUCAAGUUAUGGUGAAAAAAGAGGCAGUGAUGAAGUAGACGCCUCAAAAAACAGGGACAUGCAUCCAGCAAAACCAACUUCCUACCAGGAACGUCUUACUUUAAUUGGAAAUAAUUCGUCUUCAAGGCUUGUAAGAGCCAAUACUUUGGGAUCUGAGACCAGAGGAAAACGCGGAGUCAAAGUAGACUGGACCAAAAUGUAUAACACCGGAAAUGGCCAUGCAGAGUUAAGUAAGUUGAAAAAUUUGAAUGGUUAUAAAAAUGGAGAGGAAGUUGAAUCUAAAGAAGCACUUUUGAGAAAAAUUCGUAGUGAAGUUCAACGAGAUCCAAUGAGCCCUUUGGUUGCAAAUGGACGUGCCAGAUCCAACGAAAACAUCAAUAGAGUUAAUGUAAGAAGUUUAGACAUGAAUAAAGCAUUAAACGUUAGCAAUCACAAGCGGGUUACAGAAAAUGGGCCAGCAUUAAAGAGCAGAGUACCCCAAGAAGUGAGCCAAUCUUACGAAAGGAAAUCGAAUGCUGUGAAACCUGUUGAUGUUGAUCGCAAGUGCAAAGCAAAACCAGAUUUACCAAGUUAUGAACAGUGUGUGGACCAGAUAAAGCGGGAAGAGUUCUUGGAAGGGCAGCUUUCUGGAAGCAAUGGGGAUGUCACUCAAGAUUCAGCGUUGUUCUCAACCCCUCGCGUUCUAAGAAGACGCAGAACUUAUUCUGGGACAUUGAAUAAUAAAAAGGUCAGGUUCAACCAGAUGGCUGAUGAUCAAACUGAUGACCAGGUUCAAGAUGACGGACACCCAGAGGUAGAUAAUCCGAAAAAUACAGCAAAUCAAAACGGAGCACAAACUUUAGGUGACGAAGUUGAUCCAAAUCUCUCAACAUGGUGUUGACAAGGAGUAUAAGAAUAUCAUAAAUAAGAAAGUUUGAAUAUAUUUAAAGAAGUAGUUAUAUGUUAAUUUUACGAAUUCAUCUAGUUCUUAUUAUUACAACAUUAUUUAAAGAACAUUUUGUGCUUUAUACAGAGUUAUUAAUAUUUAGUUCAUUCGUAUGCAUAUAGAAUUCUAAAUGAGAUUAUUUCACAAGAUAAUUUGAACGAAUCCUCGUUAUAAAUGUUUAUAUGGACAUUGACCGGCUCAUUUACGUUACAUGGCCGGCUCAUUUCUUGUGAUUACUUUAGGGCUAAAGACCACAGCCUACCAGGUCAAGUAAGAGAGCAAAUUUGAUAUGAUGAGAAAGAUGAAGUACAGGUAUCUAUAUUGGUAGAUAUUCGGAUAUUCGGAUAUUUACUCAUAAUACUGCAAGAGUGACUGUUUACACAAAGAUGGGGUGUUGAAAAUAGAUCAUGAAAUGUACAAUCAUCCUCAGCUAUAAAAAACUGGGUAAAUGUUUUUUCUAACUUCACAUUUGCGGUAAUUAUUUUUACGUGUUAUACCUUCAGAAGAGUAUCAGAUGAAAAGCUUUAGUGUGUCUAAAAAUAUUCGGUUUCUUUAAAGCCAUGUCAUCAGAUAAGUGAGCAGAUGUCGAAUAGCGUCAGUAUCUCUACACUACAAUGUUUCCUUUAAUGAAAACCUCCAUCUUAAUGAAUGCGAGACGACGACUUCAGUAAUGUCUACCUUUGCUACUGCCUUAUAAAAUUCUGAAUGGGGCAAUAUUUCAUUAUUGCGCCAGUUCCAAAUGCGGUUAAGUGUUAAGAGGCGCAAUCUGGAAACAUUCUGACAGAAGAUAAAAACAAAAUAAAACUCAAUUAAACCAAGUUUAGGCCGUACUUUGAUGUUUCUUAGCCGUUUCUUUAAUCUCGUCACUGAGCAAAAAAUCUGGUUAUUUGAAAACUCUGCAUGAAUGAAGAAAAAUGUCUUACAAAGCCUAUAUAACCUUUCGGAUAACAUCAGUUUUGUUUUUUAAAGAACUUACUACAAAAUAACUUUGUCUUAUUCAAUAUUAUGAAUUGAGAUUUUCCUAGUUUUUAACAAACCUUGAGCCUCGUGCUUCAUAAAUGCUGUAGAUUUAGAUGCAGUUAUCAACGCGUGACCAUGACUCCUUCACGAUUCGGUGGAAGAUCUACGAAUUUCAUGGCGAACGAGAGCCGCACACUGUGACGUCAGAAUGUCACCAAACUGAUUCGGCUUUUGUCGUUUUUUUCCCACGGAGAGGUGCAACUUUAAAGCCUUAUGACUUCUAAACUAAUUUGAAUUUUGCAAAAACAACUACUUUGCCAUGAUACACGCACCAGAUGCUAACUUUUAAGUCAAUAAAAAAAAAAUUUUUGGCUGGAGAGGCCUUUUAACAAACCUUGAGCCUUGUGCUUCAUAAAUGCAUGUCUCUUAAAAAUGAAUAAUAAUAACAAAAGACACUGGAUCUUGAACAGGGUAAGAUAUUUCUUAGAACAGGCAAUUAUCUGAAAAUCUAGAGAAGUUAGAAAAUAUUUAAUUUUUAUAUUUAUUUUAAAUACUAGAUUUGUUAAACUUUUAUAGUUUUAGUACUAAUUUGGUUAUAGGUACAUUUAGAAGCCAGAUUCUUUUGCUCCUGUUUUCAAAUAAAAUAAUUCCGGACAGUUUAUCAAUUUUUGCUACGUUACCUCUCAUUGUAGGAUAUUUAUCAUGUGUGUUGCAAUCUAUUUUAAGCAAGCGACACAAGUUUAGACGACAAAGUUCAUUCACUUUUGUGCCUAAUUAUGCUAACUUGCUCGCAAAAAAUGAGAGCAGUAAAAGUUGUCAUGGAUUAUUAUCACCAUGAAAUAAUGAAAUUUAUGCCUGAUUUAUGCGUGGGGCAAAAAAAUUCCUCAUUACGUAACAGAAAAUGUUUUGUCUUUUGAAAAGCAGUAGUGUGAUGGUUUGACUCAGUGGUUUGACUUGGUAACUGCGAAGGAGACUUAGUAAUCUCAUGGCAAUUUGAGAAGUUGAUGAUGAUUACAAUGGAGACGUGCAUUGCAGUUGGUUAGGAACGCAUCACUGUGAAAUGCACUAGGAGGAUUGCCCUUAAAGACAUGGAUUUAGAUGCAAAGAGCCGGGGUAAACAUGGCUCAGUUGACCAUGUUUCAUAUGCGUCAUCAAUUGACACAAUUCCGUUUGUUGUCAUGAGAAGAGUGUUCCUUUUUUUGGAUAUUGAUUCAUUGCUUACUUUGGAGAAAACAAGCCAUAAGUUCGCUGAUUAUGUGUCUCUGUUCUGGAAGGAAUUCUGUUUAAAGAGAGGCUAUGGAACAGAAGCAACAGUAUUAUGCGUAGCUUGGGAGGUUAAUCCAGCCUCUCUUUACUCAUACGAAAAAGCCUCUCAGUUAUGUACUGAUCCUGUACGGAAAUGGAGGUUAUUGGCAACGAGAAAUUACCUGAUCGACAACUUCAAAUGCGUCAUCUGUGAAGAGUUUCUGAGAGAUAUGUGUGGCUUAAAUGGAUUCAAGUUCGCACAUGAUGUUUUGUUAUGCCACCCAAGUUGCAUUGGGAAUUUUUCACUCUAUCUCAAAAAUGAUGUGAUAAAUUGGUGAAGUUUUGUUCUUACACUUGGCCUAUGCAAUGGCAUCUGAAGAUGAAAUCACCAUACGAUGGGAUGAUGUUGUCGAUAAAAACUGCAAUAAUUGUUGCAAAGCUACCGAAAAAUUCAACUAUGACCCUUUGAAAAUCAGCCCACAAGCACCACAAAUGACUAUCGACGCACUGCCAAAAGAUAUAUGGAGGAAAAUAUUUUUUUACCUAGAUUUUGAUGACUUAUUUCAGCUUGAGGACACAUGUGAACGGCUGCGAGAAUUGGUGUUAUCAUAUUGGAGAGUUGUUUGUGAAAGAGAAAACUUACUCGAAGAUCCCACACCACUGUGUGUUGGUUGGCCCUUGAACAUUUACUCAAUGUACUCUUUUGAUAAUGCUGUGGAUUUCUGUUUAAACUCUUCGAAGAAGUGGAGACUAGUUGCACUGAGGCAUUUGUUAAUCGAUGGUUUUCGGUGUGUUAUUUGUCAACAGCACUUAAAGGACCGAUUGAGUGUCGAUGGAGUGUACUUCAAUCAUGAUAUACUUCUCUGCUUUCCUGAAUGUUAUCGAAUUUUUACUGUAAAUAUCAACGAAGACAUGUUAAAGAUAUGCCAAAAGUUUGGAGUUGAUGCGGAUAAAUUAGCCGAAACUGACCCAUCCUACCCUGUGUUGCUGGUUGCGGACUUUAUCAGAAAGUUACGUGAACUGGGUAUUCAUGAAAAGGAGGUUCUCACGGAAUUGAGGCCUUACAUAGGUUAUAGCAAAGAUCAUUUGAGAGAAUAUUUCAACUAUGUUGACAGCAUUCGGAAAUACUCUUUGCUUCUUUGAAGUCGAAAUUCACAAAAUCAGAAUACAGAAUAUGAUACAGAGUUUUCUGCUACGAAAAAUAAAAAGAGAACUUUCACCGAUACCACGUGAGAUCGAAAUAACAUUAUUGUAUUACCUACUUUUAUAGUAAAUUUGGUCGAAGAAUGGGGGGGGGGAAGUAAUUUAGACAGCUCCCUAUUGAAGUUAGAAUAGCUGUGAAGAUGUCAGGAAGAAUUGAAUUGUUUAUCUGCUGAAGAGACGGCAUAAAUCUAAUACAAAGAUAAACCUUCCAGUUAGUAAAUAGCCAGUUAGAGCACGAGCAAGAACAGGAAAUCUUAUAUAUGCUACUGUCGAAACGUUGAUUUUCGACUGCUUCCAUCUUUAAGCCUGAUUUACACGAGACGAAUUUUUUCGUGCGAAGCGAAUUUUUCGCCGCGAAUGCGCAAAAAAUAUGCGCAGAAGUAGAGAUUAGAAAAUUCGCAGCGAAUUCAUUGCGAAAAAGUAGAAACCAUUCCUAUUUUUUCGCUGCGAAAUUUUUCGCCUUGUAAAAUAAACCAAUCAGAACAGCAUUGGAAGACACCUGACUUCUGUUUUGGUUUCAGAUGGCCUACGUCUUUCCGCAUUCUUUUUCUCUGCCUUUAAAACGUCAAUAAAAUAGGUUGGUUAUUAUUCAUUUCCUGUUCCUUGUACACAAUCCAUGUAUGUGGAUUCAUAUCAGAUUAUUAUUCAAACAUUUAAAGUUCAAAUUGACGAAAACUGGCUUGAAAGUUUCAUCAAGCUUCGAUGGCGACGUUUGAAAGUAUUUGAAGAAGUUAUUCUGGUCUUAUAAAUGUAAACGUAAAUCUCUCUUACCGAAAGAUGGAAUUCCCCCUUCUGAAGACGUCCUGAAUAAAUUUUUCUAAUCCAGUAUCGCUUUUUGCUGUUUUGCUCGCUUUUUGAUACAUUUAAAAUUUAAAGCUUUCUGAUAAGAGCACUCUUCGGACAGUCGCUAUAUUCUUUUGUAAUACUCGCAGCAAAUUCGCAUAAAAAUUUCUGCCAGUAUAAAUUGAACUUUGAAUUUGAGCGAAAAAUUCACAGCUAAAAUAUUCGUGGCGAAAAAUUCGCUUCGCGCCAAAAAUUCGUCUCGUGUAAAUCAGGCUUUAGUACAGGCGUCAAAAAGAAAAAGACCUGUACACACUUGUUUUUAUAAGACUUGUCUACAGAAAUACUGAGACUCGAACUUGAAAUUUAAGAAUUUAUUAAAUAUAAUAACAAGGCUCAUAUUACAUCGACCGUUUGACUUUUUAUCGAUCUGAGUUUCGCUGAAAAGUAACUAGAGAUUUCUACCCUUGCUUACGUGGAGACCCUGGCCCCCAUGGAGGAAGACCUUGGGGUUCGAAUCUGCAUGCAGAAUAGCUAUGCCCCAGUUUGUUAUAUUAUAGAAAAUGAAUACGUAUAUAUGAAUCUAUAAACACAGAACGUAUAUAUGAAUCUAUAAACACAGAACAUAAGCUAUUUGACUCUGUAUCUUGGGGUCAGUAUUUAAGAUAUUACAUCCUGAAUCUUCAGGCCUCCAGCACUGUCGGUAACUGCCCGAUAGCACAAAAUGAAUUUCUCUUGAAGUCUGCUAAGAAUUUCACAAAAAUCAAAUUCAUGUGAUCAUUAAAGUAACUUUUAUGUAAAUGGCUACGUUUCUUUAUUUUUUAAAAUCAAAAUAUGUAGCUUAAUGUGAUCAAAUAUCGUAUAUUCCUAUUUCAAUAUGAUUUUUUAAAUGGAAAUGUAUAUUUGCGAAUCCCCGCAAUAGAAACAUUAAGGCCUACACAAAUAUAGGUUCUAAGUCCUUGAUAUAGAGAACCCAUGGUCAAACAUGUUUCAAAGAUAAUUUUCAAGAAUGCUGCAUCUGUUCCAUGGAAUAAUCCAUGCAUAGGCCAAGUAACACAUAUAGGCAGUUGGCUUGCCUUCAGGAUUUUUAUUUGGAAUUAAAUUGCCAAUAAGAUCUUUCUCCUUGUUCACGCUACGUAUGUAAAAAAGUAUGCGAUGAGAAUCUCGCUUUAAGGACAAGACGCACGUCUUGUUCGCUUUUAUCAUUUCUUCUGUGAACUCUAUGUAUUCUACUUAUACGUUGAAAUUUGUGUUUGGGAGAGGGGGCUGCCCACUCAUAAGCUACAGAGUCAGAAUUUAAUGCAUGGCAAUCGAAAUUGUUCGAUGGAAGGGGUCUCUAGUUCGGGUCUUAAAAGAUAAAGUGGAAUCCCCCUAGUUCGAAUUCUGCAACCUACACGCAUUUCAUAAAGAAGGCGCAGUCCUUAAGAAUCCCUAAACUGACUGCAAAAUUUCAGCACUCUAAGUAACUUAGCAAUUCCUUCACAUUUUAUUCGUGUUUUUUAAAUAAAACCAGGAACAAAUAAAUGCAGCCUCAUAAAGGUGUCAGAAGAGAAGUUAAGAUGAGAAAUUGAAAAAAAUUGGCGAAAUAGAAAACUUCAUCGUUGUUAUCGAAAUUUUAGAUGUAAGUCAGAUGUCACAGAAUAAUGUUGUUUCUGGUGUACUCAGCUUGACAAAAGUUGCAAAUACCGUGUCCUUUCCAAUGCAAUAGCGGUAGAAAUGAAAAAUAUGUGCUUCAAUUUUUCAUAUUCCUUUAGUUUUGUACCCAUCCGAAUUAAAUCUCCCUUAUAAACUAUACUUCCAUAUGAAAAAGUGCGUGUAGCCUGGUAGAUCGUAACACAUCAAUCAAUACAAGGGAUUGUUUUUAAGGCGGUGCCUCUUACCAAAUACUGUAGAUCUCUUGUUAUCAGAAGUAAUGUACGCUUCUUCUCUCUGUUUUAAAGAAUGGUCUGCGUAGUACUCAUAAGACAAUGUUAAGCAUUUGCGCGGGUUGUACUAUUUUGACGUAUAGCUGUUUGACGAAUAAGCAAAUUUUGCAAUAUUUCUCCACUUUUAAGUAGUUUAUUUUUAUUGUACUUUAAAAUUAUAUUUUAGCUACGCAUAAAUGUAUUUUACUGCAGUAGAAGAGAUUUUGCAUUAUACUUAUUGUUUGAUUUUCUUAUGUUUGUGGCAUUUUCAUCACUUGUAUCAUGUAGCUAGUCCUGUAGCCAGGGUUUCGCCAGGGGGCAGGUUGUCAUUCCCCGGCGAAAAGGCAACCUGUUCUUGUGCGCAGUGCAGUUGGUGUUGUUUCUGUUGAAUGACCUUGUGAAAUACGGGGUUUUCUAGUCUCCUAAUGUAAAAUAGAACGUCCGUCAACAAGUGCAGUGCAGUGCAGUGCAGUGUACUGUCCUAGGUAUGCCUUAACACGGCUAGCAACACAUACAAUAAUACUAAGACUACAAGCCACUUGGGCUUUAUGGUUUGCAUGUUUAGCCUUAAUCCUUUCAACUACAUCUCUCUAAACUAUGGACGUUACGGUGAUUUGUACAUCACUAUAUUUCGGUCGGCUGCGUAGGAUAAAUGCUCCAAAUAUCAAUAUACACCUUGUUUACGAAAAGAAAGUGAAUGAACAAAAGAUAUUUUUAAAGUAUACAUCACAUCGUAAUCGCGCAGUUUUUUGUUUUAACUUUUUUCGGCCAGGGUAUAGUGCUAUAAAAAGAACAAUUUAUCAAAAACCCCAGUAGCAAGAAGUAGAAAUGACCUUGUUUUUUUACAUUAGCGAGGGAGCUGAGCCCCCCCCCCCCACUCAUACGCCCAAAUUUUUCUUGCGCCUGCCAACCAUGGUGUCGCCCAUAACUAAACCUCUGAACAACUUUUAGCAAUUUCCAGUCAACCCUUAAACUCAUAUCAGUCCGCCCCUGUGAAGGCGAUUGCCAUACUUGGAAUGGCAGCAUUAAGCCUUAUUGGUCAUUUCAGAUAAUUGUGUUUUUCUUUUGUUUAUGAACAAAAACCUGGGUAACUCUUUGUUUGCACAAAAUUUGAAAACAACAUGGAAAGCAGAAAUAUGACUUACUAGAGCACUUCGCAUACUUUGUACGAAACGUGCUGUUGAUUCAUGUUUGUUUCGGUCGCCCAUCUAGGCCCAUCUGUGUAUACAUUUACCUUCUUCUCCAAACAUAUUUAGCACCAUCUGCACUUUUGAUUAUCAAGAGCAUGCGCAGAACUUGUAUCUUGGUUAAUAAAUCAUUACUUAGCAAUGUCCUGAAUCGCCGUACCUGUACGGGUCAGGCUUGCAAAAUAUGGCCUUGCUUAGGCCAUUGCAGUUUUACCUAUUCAUGCUGUGCCGUACUUCACGCCAAUAUUCUUGAUUAUUAAGCCAGCGACAAUAUUGUAUUUGCAUCUCAAUAUGUCCGAUUUCAAAGACCAAACUAAUUAGAAACUCUCAAAAAAGAAUGACCAUGAAUAUAGCUGCUGGACCAGCUAGAAAAUGCUCAGAAUGCGAAGUUAAUUGCCAGUGUGGCUGCCAAAGUAACAUCUUUUCACUACCCCUUGAAGUUCUGGAGCAGAUUCUUCUAUACGAAGAUCCAAUCACAUUAACUGCUUUGGAGAGAACCUCGAAAUACCUCUUUGCCGUGGUGUCUAAUUUCUGGGUGAAAUAUUGUAAGCAAAAAGAAAUUGACACAAAGCCUACACCAUUAUGCCUUGGCUGGAAUGGUAUGAUAGACGAGUUCUAUUCCUAUGACAAAGCCGUUGACUUAUCACGUGACGCUAAGCAACGAUGGCGCAUUGCCGCAGUGAGAUGUUACUUGAGAAGAAAUCGUCAGUGUGUUGUGUGUCGUGCCAGUUGUAGUAAUAUUCCCUUGAAUGAGCUCUUCACAGCCAAUAAUGAUGUCCUACUCUGCUACAGAUGUUUUCCUCAUUUCACAAUCACGAUAACUCAUGACCUGGUCCAUACUCUAAAUGACAUUGGUGUCGUGACAACCAACCUUCAUGUCUCCUUUGGCACUCUACUCUUGUCACGUUUUAUUAAAAUCUUGAGAUCAAACAACCAAGAUGAAAGUGAAGUUCUACAAAAUCUGAGGUCCUUUGCUAGACCAAGCAGCCUGUCACCGAUCGACAUACGGCGAUCAGGACUGAUGAACAUGGCACUUCCGGCAAAUGUGGACCAGUAUCGGAAUGUCACAGGAAGGUGCUGCUGUUCAGUUAGACAAUGUUCUGCUGCGAGGGAGCAUGUUCCAUCACAACCUCAAAGUUCACGCGAUAGGACACGCGAACGUCCAUUUUACAUCAUUCUAGGAAUAUUCCUGUUUAUAAAUGCAUUUGAGUUUGUGCAUGCCUUGGUUAUUAUGAGGCACUUUAAAGUGAUCAGUAUAGCGCGGGAUCAAACAGCGCACUUUAUUUUGGUUGCAUUUAUUGAGGUGGCAUUGCUCUUUUUUUGCUCGUGUUAUUUACUCAUAAACUGCUAUAGAAGGCGCAACAAAGCAACAUGGAAUCAAUCGUUUGCAAGUAUCUUGCAAUGCUUUCUUCUAGCCUGCUUUUUGGUUGAGAUCAAUGAAGCUGUUUUGGCAAAAUCAUAUGCAGGACAGUACACGUCUACGAUGAAGAGUUUCUUUAACAACGACAUGAAUAGCACGGCUCAUGCCUUGAUUGUUACAGAAAAACUCAAUUGGAUUCAAAGAAAAUACAACUGUUGUGUUCGGACUGCUAACAUAUCUGAAGAAGAGAGACAUACAGAACCCAAAGCAUUAUCACCUACCACCAGUCUAAGUAAAUGCUGCCCAACAUCAUCACCCCACUGCAAGAUGACGGAUUUAGAGAACCUUUCAAGUUGCUACUCACUUUUAAGAAGUAUCAUUAUCCCUCUCAUUCAGUCUUUUGCCUGGACAAACAUUACUUGCUCUGUCUUGAGAAUAUUUCACCUACUUUACAUUUGCAUUUUAUUCUAUGUUUUUCGACGGCUUAGGCAACCUGCUAACAGUGCCUCUAUCCAAACAAUCUUCACAAUGACUUAACAACCGACUUCGAAAUAUGAAAUACAGAUGAACAUCUACUCUCGACUCUCGAAUUUGACCAGCUCAGCGUUCUCCAGCCUUUAGUGCCUGACAUUUUAGUGCCAAUGUUUGACGUAACGUACUUCUGCCCUUGAUUCUUCAUUCUGUUAAACCACAUGUUAGUUAUUAAUGUUUAUCAUAUCUGCUUUGCAACUGUUUAAGAAACUUAGGUUUUUGUUUAGAUUUUUGCUUAUUAUUUUCUGGUUAGAAUUUCAGCAUCAUUUUAUACUAAUAGCAGUCUAAACAAAGAUUUAAUUUAAAUCAAUGAAAUGUAUUAUUAUUGCUUAUAAUUUUAGGACGGAUAUCAUUGGUUUUAAUUGAUUUUGAAUGUAAAUCUUACAGCUUGUUUUUCUUUAACUACUGUUUUGGCGAAUUAAGAAACAGCUAUCUUCAACAAACUAAAUAGAA